AUGCCAGCCUCGGCGAUUCCACACAAUCUCACUGAUAAGCUGCAUCCUACGCCGCCACGUGAGCUUGGCUCCGAUCAGUCGCAGUCACACAGCUCCGGGUCCAACCCAUCUGGCUCGCAAUCGCUGCAAAGAGCUCUUGCCGGCGACGACAAUGCUCUGGUUCCAAUCCACUACCCAGCUCUAAAAGAGGCAUUCCUAACAUCCCUUGAAGAACAGCAGCAUGUUAUCGAGGCAACAGUUCGGCACUGCCUAGGCGUCCGGAAUUGUCACCUGGGCGCCCGGGAGGUCUGGCAAUCUGGCUCCUUCAACGUCGUCCUUCCAAUCCAUAUUGCAGCCGGCUGGUCUGUCUUCAUGCGUAUCCCAUUCCCGUAUCGCCUUGGCGAAGACCGGUGCCCGGGCAACGUUGAAGAAAAGCUCCGGACCGAGAUUGCCACCUAUAUCUGGCUGCGUCAAAAUUGUCCCGAUAUCCCAAUCCCCGAAUUGCACGCCUUUGGGCUGCCAGACGGGUCAGCGUUCUCACAUCCCCUCCGCACACCCAUCUGGGAGCGAACCUGGUGGGCGUUGAAGCGAUUUGCUUGCUUACUACUCGGGCGCCCGGUACCUGUCCAUUAUGUCAAGCGGAAAACUCGCCACUCAAUCAAUCCUGGCUUUUUGAUUAUAAGCCAAGCGUGCGGCGAAAAACUAGCCUGGUCGUGGCUAGAUCGCUUCCAAGACAAGGCGUACCGAGACCGCUUGUUCCGCAGCCUUGCUCGUAUAUCACUCUCGCUAAAUUCGGUUCCCUUGGCGCGCAUCGGAUCGUUGAAGCUUCAGCCGGACGCAUCUAUCGCCUUGUCCAACCGGCCGCUUAGCCUCUAUUUUCAGAUGCUGGAGAACGAGGGCAUUCCGACCGGCAUCCCGCGCCAUCGUACAUACGCCCAAGUGGAAUCGUACCUCUCCGAUCUUCUCUCCUUCCAGGAUAAUAAAAUUCGUCAUCAGCCCAACGCAGUCCAUGAUCAAGAGGAUGGCGAGAGACAACUCGCUGCGCUUACCGCCCUGCGCGCCACCAUGCACCACUUCAUCCGUCCAGAGCAUCGCGACGGACCAUUCUUCCUUCACCUGACAGAUUUACACCAGCAAAACAUCUUUGUUGACCAAGAUUGGAAUAUUGAGACAAUUAUCGAUCUUGAGUGGGCGCAUACCGCGCCUUUGGAAAUGCAGCUUCCCCCAUACUGGCUCUCGUCAAGGGUAUCAGUCGACAGUUUCGUGGACCAGGCUGCCAUUACCGACUAUGAGGCCGUACUGGAAGAAUACUGGGCAAUUUACGAAGCCGAGGAGAGGAAGCGCAACGAUACCGUCGUCCAGGUCCCACUUCAGCGUGACAUGUGGGCAAGAGGGAGCUUUUGGUACUUUCACGCCGUCGGCAUACCAAAGGGCAUGUACACGCUGUUCAAUAGGCACAUCCAGCCACUAUUUAACAAGGAGCAUCCUGAUAAGCAAAUAUUCGAUACUGUCUUUUAUUGGUAUUGGGGAUUUGGCGCGCAGGGUUUGAUAGACAAGAAGCUCGGAGAUAAGAAAGAGUACCUGGCCAGCGUGAGAGAGGCGUUUGCGGAAGACUCGUGA